CCCGCCCGCCCGCCGCCGGCCUCACCUCUCGCUGCCGAUCAUUAAGCGCGCGGUUUGCUCGCUCCGUUGGUUGGCCGAGCGUGAAGUGAAGGAUGAGGAAGCUCGCCUUCCACGAGCAGAAGCUCCUCAAGAAGACCAACUUCUUGGAGUUCAAGCAUGGGAAGGGCCACCGUGAGGGCAACGUCACGCAGCGUUACCGCCUCGUCGAGAGGGACGACUACAAGAAGUAUAAUGGGAUAUGCCUAAUGGUGCAGAAGCAAGUGAACAUCAUCAAGCAGAUGGACCCGAGAGACCCUUUCAGGAUCGAGACGACGGACAUGCUGCUCGAUAAGUUGUAUAAUAUGGGUGUAAUUUCAACAAAAAAGAGCUUGUUAAAAUGUGAGAAACUUUCAGUGAGCUCCUUCUGCAGGCGAAGACUUGCAACAGUUAUGAUGAAGCUUAAGAUGGCAGAGCACCACAAAGAGGCUGUGACAUACAUCGAACAGGGCCAUGUGCGUGUAGGCCCAGAGGUGGUCACCGAUCCUGCCUUCCUUGUAACCAGGAACAUGGAGGACUUCAUCACCUGGGUGGAUUCCUCAAAGAUCAAGAAAAGAGUCAUGGAGUACAAUGAUGCAUUGGAUGAUUAUGAUGCCAUGGCUUGAGAGUAAUGCUCAACAGGAAUUUCGUUGGCUACCAAUAUGGGCUAUGGAGCUACUCAUCCAAUGUAUGAUAGGUCAAAAUCUGAGCCAGCUACUUGUUACAGAGCAGCUUGCAUGGGCUGUCUUACGUUGCAGAUGCUAAUACAGUUUUCUAGGUAUUUUUUAGAACAUUUUGUAGUUGGUUAAUGACACAUCAUCACAUAGAAAUUGUGAUAUUGGGUGCCGUAUCUGCAUGAUGUGAGUGUUGUCUGUUAAGGGUGUGCUUUACCUCUUUAUUUCCUGAAGUGGGUGCUCGAUGUUCAACCUGCA